AUGCAACGAUUAAGAAAUAAAGUCAAGGACCUUCAGGAUCAGAUCGCGAAACUCAAAGAAGGAGCGGAAAUCCAAGCACAGACGGGUUUCGCGACGCCACCACUGUCGGAUGCUGCUCACACCUCGUUCGACUUUGCUGAGCUCACCAAUACUACAGAAGGAUGGCAAGGCCUCCAGCAGACAGGGCAGAUUCACUACGGGCCCUUGUCGUCCUCAUAUUUUGUCUCCCGAAUCAGUCGAUAUCUCUCCCAAGCACUUAACGAGCCAAUCGAAGAUGCAAAGUUGGAGGCAUGCAUGGCACGCUUUCAUUAUAUUGCCCCGUCCCAUCAACCGUCUCGAUGGGAUGCAAGUCCGGCCAGCCAGGCGGAUCAGCCUCAGGAUGGAACCGAGGAGGCCGAGGAUCUGACCCGCUCACAAGAGGAACACUUUCUCAAUCUGCUCUGGCAGUCCUUCCACUGUGUAUACCCUAUCCUCGACGAACGCGAAUUUCAGCAAUAUUAUGAGUCAUUAUGGUCAAGUUCUCCGGACGGAAUGUCCACCCGGAAGCCAUCCGCCUUGGUCGAUGUGCUGUUGGCAGUGUGCAUGCAGUACAGCAGCACGUUCUUCGUCAGUGAUGACAACCAGCAGGGGGAUACAGAUUCUGAAUGGCAGGCCAAACACGCGAAUCUGGCCAGUCGAACUUACUACCAGAGGGCCCAGAGGCUUCUGCAGAGUGAGCUCGAAAACCCCACCAUCAUGGUCGUUCAAAGUCACAUCUAUUCGAUUGUAUACUUGUACAACACCUCCCUGCUGAAUACGGCACAUAUUAACCUGGGUGCCACGCUGCGAAUCGCCCACGCGCUGCGGUUACAUAUCCGCCCGCUGGAUGGGACGUCCCCCGAGCAGCAGGAGUUACAGCGCCGAAUUUGGUGGGCGCUCUAUCGGAUCGACAGCCAGCUCUCGAUGACCCUGGGUCGGCCGCCCCUCAUUCAGCUGUCCCAUGUCAGCUGCGGGCUACCGGGAGAUGAUCGCGAGCACGCCCGGCUAUCUGGCACAGUCCUCCUCACGAAUCAUGAGGACAUUAGCUGGCUCAGCUUUCAUGUUCAAUGCACGAAACUCAUAUUUCUCGUCCAGGGCGUGCAGACAGCAUUCAACCGGAAAUGUUCCCAGUUGCUGAACGGGGAUAAGGUAAAGGAUCUAUAUGAGGACCCGCGCCUCCUUGAGACUUUGGCCGAGUUUCUCGGACAGGAGAUGACAGCCAUUCACAACUGGGUCCAAAAUGUGCCGCAGUCACUAUGUAAUCCUCGCAAGGGGGGCAGUGACCCUUUCUCCACAAAUCGGGACGCGCUGAAUCUGUCUGCGUAUAGCCCGCUCUGGCUGCAGCGUCAACGUCUCCUCCUGGAGCUCCAUUAUCACCAUCUUGUGAUCUCGACACUGCGUCCCUUUAUUCGAUUCCCUCCCGUGAGCUCUUCCAUGACCCCACUGACCGACGGUUACAACAUCUCCUGUUUGAACCACGCCAUGGCAAUCACCAGUAUCCUGAACCAAGUGCUGUCUGAAACGGAUCUCCUGCGCGGCUGGUCACCCAUCUUCCAGUACCAGUGGGAUGCCAUCCUAUGUACCCUGGGAUUCGUGCUUGCCAAUUCAGUCUGCCCACCGACCCCUUCAGCCCGCAAGUCGCUGCAGACGGCGAUUCGCACGCUGGACCUCGUGAGUGAUCACUUUUUGGCAGCCAAAAAUGCGGCGCAGGUCGUCCGCGAAGUCAGUUGCCAGGCCGAUCGACUCGUCAAAAACGUCCAACAAGGUCUGACCCGGCGACAAGCGCCACGUGCCAGCCAGGCUUUGUCCACCAGGGCCCAGAAUCCCAGGCAGGCGUCGAAUCAAACCUCGUUCGUUGCCCCCGCGCAACCGGGGGUCCGGUCCAACUCACUCAAGCGGGCGCUGCCACCGACUACCCUGGAGGUGUCACAACAUCAGCCAAUGCCUAACUUUGAAGCGCGCAUGCAAUUAAUGGACAUGAUGCCCAUUGGGUCAUUAUCGGAACUCUCUCCUUCUCUAGGGACGACAGAGUCUAUGUCGAUGCCCUCGGUCACGUCUGCUGACAUGGUCAUCGGCACUGAAGCCCAGUGGCUACAUGCCAGUGCGAUGAUCCUGGAUUCCUGGACCACGAACUCAUGA